AUAAUGCAAGGGACCUCCUUUUUUAAACACAAACCGAAUUUUCUUUCAUUUAGGCUAUAUAUACUUUUAAAUAGUUUUAAGUCGUAGUUUUUUUGGAAAGCAUUUCGCCCUGGAGCGGUGCGCAAUGCUAUCGCACGCCGACCUCCUGGAUGCUCGCCUCGGUGAGUUAUCGUCACCAAACUCCGGUCUUCAACUCUACUGGAUGAAGGAUGCCGCGGCGGAGCUUCUAGGACACAGGGAGGCGUUAAAGUGUAGACUAGGAGCUGGGGUGUCUGACCCCGGGCAUCCGGGCGAUAUAGCCCCAGGUCCCGAUGCUGUUGAAGGAGCGACGCUUCUGUCUGGAGACGAUAUGAACAAUGCUGGAUCAAAUCCUUCCGGCAUGCAGGUCAACACAAAAGACCAGGAAAAACAACAACAGCAGCAGAAUUCCAACCAGUCAGGUAGUCAACAAAGCCAACAGAAACAGAAACGGCACCGGACCCGUUUUACUCCUGCCCAGCUUAACGAACUUGAAAGAAGCUUCGCCAAAACCCAUUACCCAGACAUCUUUAUGAGGGAAGAACUGGCAUUAAGGAUCGGUCUUACGGAAUCACGUGUGCAGGUUUGGUUUCAGAAUAGACGUGCCAAAUGGAAGAAGCGAAAGAAGACCACCAACAUUUUCCGAGCUCCGGGCACCUUGUUGCCCACUCACGGCAUGCCACAAUUCCCUUCUGCUGCCGCGGCAGCAGCGGCGAUGGGCGACAGCCUCUGCUCUUUCCAUGCCAACGAUACCCGCUGGGCCGCAGCCGGAAUGCCCGGCGUUUCUCAGCUGCAACUCCCGCCCGCUUUGGGCCGGCAACAGGCGAUGGCGCAGUCCCUGUCCCAGUGCAGCCUUGGAGCUGGUCCCCCGCCCAACUCGAUGAGCCUUUCCAACAUGUCGUCUAACGGCUCAGGGCUCCAGUCACACCUGUACCAGCCCACAUUCCCUGGCAUGGUACCGGCUUCCCUCUCCGGCGCUACAAAUGUGACCGGCUCGCCCCAGCUUUGUAGCUCUCCGGACAGUGACGUCUGGAGAGGGACAAGCAUCGCCUCCCUGCGCCGCAAAGCGUUGGAGCACACGGUCUCCAUGAGUUUCACCUAAUGAGAACGACUGAUGUUGCCUUUUUUUCUUGUCAUCUCGUCAUAACAUACUGGGAAGACAACUCAGGAUGUGAAAUUUUUCAUGUGAAAAUGAGAGAAAAGGAGACUGGGUGUGUGCAGCAUAAUUGAAAGGCACAUCUGCUUAGGACGUGGAGGAUCAUUUCGAAUUAUAACAUCGUUUUCGGCGUCCUUGUGAUUUUUCAACUCUUGACUUUGCUUCGACGUAUUUCAAGACAUAUCUAUUUAUUGCCAUCAUUAUGUAUUUAUGGAAUUAUGAGUUUAUUUAUUCAUUGAUUGAUUCUUUUUUACGUCGGUCGUCCCGUUUUUGAUUUCCAUUAGACGUGACUGCACUGCAUUAGAUGAACAGCAGAUAUGUUCAUUGUGUUUGAUUUAAGUUACUUAUUCUUAUUAUGUUAGAUUUACACUCAGAUGGAGAAAAAAAAAACGUUUUCUAAGUCCACCUGCACUGCGCCCACGGAGGGGCUGGCGGUACAAGUAGCAGUGCACGUGAGUGAAUCCCGGAAGUAUAGCCCAUGUGCAACCGGAAUGGGCAAAAUACUUUUUUUGACGUGGCAAAAUUUAACGAGAGAAUCCGCGAAGCAUCAUAGUUGUUUGCAUGUGCUGACCAGGUAAUACAUUGGGAGGUAUUAAUUUUAAAACAAGAAAAUUACAUUUUGUUAACCUGUUAUAUGGGAUGUUUUGUGUAGAUAAAACAUUCUUGUUACCUUCUGGUCGAUUUGUGAUAUGUUCUAACUUAUUGUCUGUGCUUAUUAUUGAAACUUGGUUUCCUAAAUGUUUGAUCCCAUACCAGCCACAUAAUUUUGUUUCCUGGACAGGUUUAUAUCAGUUUAAUGUAAAUGGAUAAAUAAAAUCAUUUUCAAUAUGU